AUGGACCUGUUCUUUCCGCAACGCCUCGCUCGUUAUGACCUGCGGACGAGUGAGUCCUUCGACUGCCAGGAAGCCUUCGGCUACGGUCCCUUCCAGAAGCGCCUGUUCAUUCUUCUUAUCCUCUCUGCUUUUUCGCUCAUUUCCCAAACUUCCAUCUUAACCAUUGUCUUCGGUGACGUGGACCACUGGUGCAGGCGGCCCAGAGGCUCCAACAUAUCUGCAACCGAAUGGAAGAAUAUUGCCAUACCACUAGAAGCCGACGGAAGGCUUAGCCACUGCCGCAUCUACGAGCGUUGCCUGCCGCUGGUUGACCUCAACUUUCCAAACGGGAUGGACAGCGUGAUGCAUGCACAGUUGGACCAAUUGUACAACGAAUGUCUGAAUGCUGCCAACGACACACGAGAUGUACCCUGCGAGGAAUGGGACUACGACGACUCAGUGGCCGACUCAACGGCGGUGAGUACUUGGAACAUGGUGUGCCAUCAACGCCUAAUAAAGACCACCAUCGUAGCACUGCAGUAUGCUGGCGCCGUUAUAAUUGUCCUUACAUCUGGAAUGUACGCGGACUCGCUAAGUCGGAAGAGCUGCCUCGUGGCAUCCGCUUCCGCGCUGGUGGCCACCACUGUCUGCAGUGUUCUGGCGAACACUUACCACGUCUACGCUCUAGCGCGCUUUCUGGCCGGAGGUCUCACCGCCGUGAGCGAAAUCUUCAGCAUUGUGAUCCCGUUUGAAGUGACGACCCACGCUCACAGACCGCAGCAAGUCAUCCUCUGGCAUUUGCGCCUUCAGCCUUGCUCCUCCCUAUGUCGUUCACCGCACCUGAAUCACCUCGUUACUGGCAUCGCCCUGGUAACGGUGAUGAAAACGUGGUUCACGAUGAUUGCGGUCUUCGAUUGCCUGCUGAGUGCCGCCACUGGUGCUGGACUGGCCACGAUAAGGAACAUUCUGAACGUGAUGUCAAGGGGCGUGUCAGUGUCCAUGCUCAUUCACAUCCUAAUGUUCGUCAUGGAGCUCUUUCCGUCGGCCGUGAGGAGCAGCACGUUGUGCUGGGUGUUCGCUAGCGGACGCGUCGGCGCCGUGUUCGCGUCCACGAUCUUUGUCCUGCAGCAUGAAGGUCGUGAAGACGUGGCGUUCGCGGUCGCUGCGUUGCUCCUGUUCGUGUCUCUACUGGUGAUGCGGGUUCUUCCACGAGCGACCAUGGUCGAGCAGGCUAAAGAGGCCAAUACGGGCUCGUGUUCCGCAAGCAACACCAUCAAACACCUGAGACGUACGCUCGAGCGACCGACCAAUCAAAAGACUAAAUCAGGAAGCACUGAUGUCCGGAAGAAUAUACAGACUCUCGCCAACAAUGCGACUGUUUCUUCUAAGGCAUCUACUUCAAGCUCUGAGUCUGGGAAAAGUCGGAAAGGUCUCGCCAUGGAUCCUUCCAUCAAGUCUUCUACCAGGCGACACGGCCGCAAGUCUCGCCAAAAGCUUGGGUUACCUAAAAGUGUUCCGAUGUCGGGGACACAAGCAGUCGCGGAUAUUGGCUAG